UUGCUGCGAGAUUGAAAUGCAGAACUUCAGCCUCCUGCCCCGCGCCAGUGACUUGCUUGGGGUCCCCUUCCGCGACACCCUUGCUGUCUCCCGCGGCGGAGAGCGCGGCCGGCCGGGGCCUCCUUCUGCGGGGAUCGCGGCAGGCCGGCGGGGAGCGUCGCCCAACUUGCUCCGAGGAUCGUAAAGCCUCCUCCUCCUCCUCGGUGUCCUCCGGAGUGCAGCCAUGGAGCCGGCGUUUGGCGAGGUGAACCAGCUCGGCGGGGUCUUCGUCAACGGGCGCCCCUUGCCCAACGCGAUCCGGCUGCGGAUUGUGGAGCUAGCCCAGCUGGGCAUCCGGCCGUGCGACAUCAGCCGGCAGCUGCGCGUCUCCCACGGCUGCGUGAGCAAGAUCCUGGCCCGCUACAACGAGACCGGCUCCAUCUUGCCGGGGGCCAUCGGGGGCAGCAAGCCGCGGGUCACCACGCCGACGGUGGUGAAGCACAUCCGGACCUACAAACAGAGGGACCCCGGCAUCUUCGCCUGGGAGAUCCGCGACCGGCUGCUGGCCGACGGCGUGUGCGACAAGUACAACGUUCCCUCGGUCAGCUCCAUCAGCCGCAUCCUGCGCAACAAGAUCGGGAACCUCUCGCAGCAAAGUCACUACGAGUCCUACAAGCAGCACCAAGCGGCCCCCCAGCCCGCCCUGCCCUACAACCACAUUUACUCCUACCCAAGCCCCAUCGCCGCCGCCAAAGUGCCCACCCCGCCAGGCGUGCCGGCCCUCCACGGCCACGUCCACAUGGCUCGGACUUGGCCCUCCUCCCACUCCGUCACCGACAUCUUAGGGAUCCGGUCCAUCACAGACCAAGUCGGCGACGGCUCGCCCUACCACAGCCCCAAGAUCGAAGAGUGGAGCAGCCUGAGCCGGAGCGGCUUCGCGGCCGCGGCCCCCCACGCGGCGGUCAAUGGGCUGGACAAGAACGCGCUGGAGCAAGAGGCCAAGUACAGCCAGGGACCAAGUGGUCUUCCAACCGUUGGCGGCUUUGUCUCAGCACCAACAAUGGCGCCUUACCCAACACCAGCACAGGUGUCUCCUUACAUGGCAUACAGUGCUGCUCCUUCUGGCUAUGUAGCUGGGCAUGGCUGGCAGCAUGCUGGAGGCACCCCACUUUCAUCUCACAACUGUGAUAUCCCUGCAUCACUGGCAUUUAAGGGCAUGCAGACAGCGAGAGAAGUAUAAUCUUUUCAAGAUGGCCUGUCUUCCUUGGACAAUAAUAAAGUUGUGAAUAUAGUUUCAGAAAGCCUUCCUCAAGCUUGCAGAUGUGGGCUGAAGAUUAACCAUGAAAAGGAAUGAUUUGAAAAGUGACAUAUUUCCUAGCAUUAUAAAAUAUUAAUAUAUUAUGUAUUUUUGUAAGUCUAGUGCAAUAAUGUAAAAACACAUCAUUCAAUACAGAUUUUGAAAGACUGCUUUAAUAAAAUUAUCUUCGUUUCUUCCUAGUCAUGUUACACAUACUGCUGGAACAACCAGAUAGGAUCCUGUCUCUUUUAUGGGAAUUUCAUGCUUUUAUUUUAAAAUGCCAACAAAUGUAGCUCUCCAAGGCAGUGCAAUGAAAAUAACUUGUGAUGUCAUGCUGAUACUUCCUGGGAAAUUUUCCAAAACAUUUUUUUCUAUAGCAAUCAUUUAGUCAUGACAUAUGUUAAACUGAGAAUGUUCAUGAGAUGUAAUCAGCAUGAUCAAAGUCUCUGGGUUACAUUUUGCUUUUGGCACAAAGUGCAGAUAGAAGUGAACCAACUUAGCAGGAACUAAUGCAAGCAUGUUUGAAAAGAAUGGAAGGUGUGCAGUGGUAGAGUUUGAUGAGCUGAUAAAUUAUUUGAGGUGUGAUCCUGCAGUCUUUAGUGGAACAAAAUUUUUUAUUGAUGUACGACUAAGUAUUAUUGUUCACACUGUUUACAACCUUACUGUUCUAUUGUGCUGUACACUGGAACAAGCAGGUCAUCUUUCAGCUCAAUGAAUGUUAACUAACAGAAGACCAUUCUGAUGCUACCAAAAUAAAUCGAGCUCUUUUCAUGUAACAAAGGUAGUGUCAGGAGAUCUGUGGCCUAUCAAAGGAGUGAAUUCAAUAUGAAUCUCAUCAGCAAUAGGAAAAUGGAGCAAAACUGGUGUAGGAAGGAGCUGUGUUAUGAAUUUCUCUCAAAUUAUUCUUGUAGGUUCUGGCAUUACCUUCUCAGGGAGAAGCCUAACUGCAAGAACUCCCAUGUUGUGAACAUGCUUUCAGCAAUGGCUCAUUGUGUUCAACUGAACAAAAUUAAGCAUGUAUUAAAUACUGUGUCAGAAUUUAGCAUCCCUACAUUUACUUUAAAUCAUACAUGUACAGUUAUGAAAUUUCAGUUUUCAAAUAUGCUAAUCAACUGAUGGAGAUCAACCACUGCAGAUUACUUGGUAGAACUGAGAUCUGUAGAGAUGAGCUCAGAGGCCCUCCUGAUAUUUAUAUAAACUUCUUGAUCAUAGUAGGUUAAUUCAGAUGCAAUGUCAAACUCUGGUUUAGCAUGACUUAGCCACACUGUCAUCUCUUUUGCCCUUCUUCCCAUUUAAUUCUCUGAGACAAUUAAUGACUUCUGCCAUAGUACGUAUGGCCUAGCAAAACUUUUCCAAACCAGGAUUGUAAUUCAUGCAUUAGUGAGGGGAGGGGGGGUGUUUGAUCAUAAAUCAUAAUUUGCUCAUACAGAUUUCACUAAGUCCAUCCAGCCACAUGAAGAAAAGUAUGAGGGGGGAGGGGGCAUGGGAACUGCACACGCAACUCAGUCAAAUAGUGCCAAACAGUGCUUUGAUCUUCCAUCAAAACCAGCAGAGUAGAAUUCUCUUUACUCAUACUAACUGAGGACAACAGCAAAAGGUUAAUAUGCGUGGUGAAAUAGGUGUGCACAGAUGACAUAUGAUACAUAUACUGUAUACUUGAGUAAGCCUGAUUGGUGCAAUUGUUCUCAUUCAGAAAGGGAAAAUAACCCAAAGCUUAACUGUAUAUACCUCUCCAGCAGAUUUUUCACUAGAGGAUUACUGCAUCAGACUUGAGUUCUUCAGUUCCUGCCAUAUAAGUUACUUGUCAAUACCAAGUAAAAUUUAUAGGGAAAAACAAAACUACAUACAAAGUUUUUUUUUUAAACCCACAGAAAAUGUCCAUAAACUUUGAAAUUUUUAUUUCAGUUUCUUAAAAACUGAAAUGUAAUACAAAUAUUUUGAUUUGCACAAUGGGUAAAUUAAAUAACACAUGGAUUAGCAGUGGGUCUUUUUUCUUUCCCUAUGGUGUGAGUACAGGAGAUUCACAAAAAGACUUAAGAAAAACCUAAUUUCUUACAGGUCUUUGUAAAGCAGAAAAAGAUAACUGCAUAACAAACAGCACUUCCUAUUGUCUAUAUCAUGUGCACAUAAACACAAUAUAACGAAAGGAUAAGGUUGGAUCUGAAGAGAAAGAAUUGGUUUACAGCUUGAUGUUAUCAGUCUUUAAGCAUUUCUAACUAACCUUCAUUUCCAGAGGCAAAAUGGCUUCCUGUUCUGAUAAAGUCAAUCUUAACUGCUUUCACGCUUGAAAUAAAUAUCUUCUUUUCUCUGACUCCCAUGAGGAAUAGAAUCUAUAAAUAAUAUUUAUACCCAUUGUUGCCCUUUUGAAAUUUGAAUCAGUGACUGCUUGUUUGCAUUUAUCUGCAUUCUUUUAGCAAAGGUCAGAGCCUAAUAACUUUAUGCACACUAUCUAGGGAAAAAUGACGGGACAGAUGUUGUAAAUGGUGCAAUACAAGGUAAGAGCAUCAGUGAAUGAACUUUAUUCGAUUAUAUUUAAUUAAUCUUCUUGUUUUUUGAAUUUUUUCCUUCACUUUAUAUUAUCAUGAAGAAGUGACUUUUGCCUGAGAGCGUUCCUUCAGGAAGUGCCUACACGACAGGUAGUAAUCAUAGUAAAUGAACCGUCUCUUCAAGUUUACCAAAUGAAUACAUAACCUAUUAAGUCAGGCCAUUUGGGCCUCAGCAAAUAGUCUUUUACUGACUUUAUUUUAAAAGUUUUCACAAUAAUCACUUUAAAAUAGAAAGGAAAAAGGGAUUUCAUUUUAAAAGAGUAAUAGGGCCAGGGUCACUUGGGAUUUUAUGGGCAUAAGUCAUAGGCAACAGUAAGAUCCCUCCCUGCCUUCCAAGUACAUGUUUCUCUGGUCCAUGCACAUAAACUCCUGUGAUACUCAACAGUUCUUUGCACUGAAGUUGUUAAAAAGAAUGAGGGAUAGGUGUGCAUUUCACAGGCACAGGUGAGUACUCUCGCAGUAUCAGUUAGAGCGGAAAUGAGAGAAAGGAUGACUUUGCUGAGUCCUAAUGAGCCUCAUGUAACACAAAUCACCAGACAAUCAGAAAUUAUCACAAUAUGGGCACCCUUACCUCUGCUCUACUGAAUCUGUGAGAUAUUUUGACUCUGAAGUCUCUUACAUCUCGUGUCUGUUAUUAGAGUAAGAGAAGUGAUGUGCAUGCACCCUCAGGCAACUUUACCUAGCCACUUAAUAUGAGCUUUGCUUGCCACCAGUUGGUUCUAAGUGGCUGUUUCCACACACAGAAUUCAUUGUCUGGAUUGUGAACACUAUCUCGAAAUUCCAUUGAAAUCCAAAGGAAUUAUUUCUAGAGGAAUGCAUUUAAGAUCCAAAGUUUUUAUAGAAGGAUAGAAGAAAGAAAAGAAAAAGAAAAUUGGAGAUCCAAUCCAACAAAGAUGUUGGGUUCGGCAAGAAAAUGAGAACUUUAUUUACAUACAUUAAAAUAUAAGUUGGGGUAGGCUUUUUGUUUGUUUUGCUUUCAAAUGGUCAUAUUUUAUUGAAAGACAAGGCUGAAAGUAUAGUGAAACCAUGUUGGAAACAGUGUAUGACAGAAGAUUAUGUUUGUAUAUACAGUAUGUAAAAAACUUUUUAUUUUUAUAUUUUGACUGAUUUAAAUUAAUAAAGAAACAAAUAACUGGUAUGUA